AUACUUAUCUAACUUUAUGCUUGUAGUGCUAAAGCUAGGAUGCGUUUAAAUUAAGCAAAUGUUCUAGUGUAUGCUUUCAAGAAUCUAACACAUUCAUCAUAUGCUAAUCAAACCACAAAAUGCUUUCGCUUUGUGAACUCUUUCUUUUCUUCACCAUCUAGUACAUACUUGGAAGAAAUUUUAUAUCAGCAACUUUCUGUACAAGGCAAGAAUUAAGCUAGUUCCAGGCAAAAGUGGUGAGGCUGAAUCCAGUCCUCAAACAAGUAUAGUGGAUUUGCUGAAGCUGCUAUCUUUUUCUCAAACCCAGAAGUCUCUAGUAGACAAGGGAAAACAUGGGCAAUGAACAGCCUUCCAACCCCCAAGAUGACUAUAAAGCCAAAGAAACGAAACCCCAACUUGGGGAACGAUGGCCACAUGGAGGAUUUCGAGGUGGAGGUGGAUGGAUUAGCAGUGACCGAGUCACAAGCACUUAUGAUCUUGUUGAACAGAUGCAUUUUCUUUAUGUUCGAGUUGUGAAAGCAAGAGACCUACCGCCAAACCCUGUAACAGGGAGUUGUGAUCCUUAUGUGGAGGUGAAACUCGGAAACUAUAAAGGCAAAACAAAGCACUUUGAUAAGAAGGUAAACCCUGAGUGGAAGCAAGUGUUUGCUUUUUCGAAAGAGAAGAUUCAGUCUUCAAUUAUCGAAGUUUUUGUAAGAGACAGAGAGAUGGUGCAGAGAGAUGAUUAUCUAGGGAAAGUGGUGUUUGACAUGAAUGAAGUGCCCACAAGGGUUCCACCUGACAGCCCUUUGGCCCCUCAGUGGUAUAGAUUAGAGGAUCGCCGCGGAGAAAGCAAAGUCAGGGGAGAGGUGAUGCUUGCAGUGUGGAUGGGAACCCAAGCAGACGAAGCCUUCUCAGAAGCAUGGCAUGCAGACGCUGCUUUAGUUCAGGGAGAAGGUGUGCAUAGUGUCAGAUCAAAGGUAUAUGUUUCACCUAAACUGUGGUACUUGAGAGUCAAUAUCAUUGAAGCCCAAGAUGUAGAAUCCCUGGAAAAAAGCCAACCCCCACAGGUAUUUGUUAAGGCUCAAGUUGGGAAGCAAGUACUAAAGACCAAAGUAUGCCAAACACGAACAACUAAUCCUUUCUGGAAUGAAGACCUAUUAUUUGUGGCGGCAGAGCCUUUUGAGGAGCAAUUGGUGCUUACCGUUGAAUGCAAAGCCGGCCCUUCCAAAGAUGAGAUCGCUGGGAGGUUGGUCUUGCCACUUAACACAUUUGAGAAGAGAUUGGAUCACCGGCCAGUUCAUUCUCGCUGGUUCAAUCUUGAAAGGUUCGGGUUUGGAGUUUUAGAGGGAGAUAGAAGACAUGAACGAAAGUUUUCAACAAGAAUCCAUCUCAGGGCUUGUCUUGAAGGUGGAUACCAUGUAUUAGAUGAAUCAACAAUGUACAUCAGCGAUCAGAGGCCAACAGCUAGGCAGUUGUGGAAGCAACCAGUGGGAAUCCUGGAAGUAGGCAUCUUGAGUGCACAGGGGCUUGUCCCUAUGAAACCUAAGGAUGGUAGAAAGACCACAGAUGCUUAUUGUGUAGCUAAAUAUGGAUUGAAGUGGGUAAGAACCAGAACCAUACUUGAUAGCUUGAGUCCCAAAUGGAAUGAACAGUACACUUGGGAGGUGUAUGACCCAUGUACGGUGAUUACAUUGGGUGUCUUUGAUAACUGCCACCUAGGAGGGAAUCAUGAGAACUCGGGUGCAGGGAAGGACUCCAGGAUUGGUAAGGUAAGGCUCAGAUUAUCAACACUGGAAACUGAUCGAAUUUAUACAAUGUCUUACCCACUUCUUGUUCUGCAACAAUCUGGAGUGAAGAAGAUGGGUGAACUCCAACUGGCUUUUAGAUUUACUUGCUUAUCUCUUGCAAACAUAAUAUAUCUAUAUGGCCAUCCAUUGCUCCCAAAGAUGCAUUAUCUACACCCUUUCACAGUAAACCAAGUGGACAGUUUGAGAUAUCAGGCCAUGAAUAUUGUAGCUGUGAGGCUUGGACGAGCUGAGCCACCACUGCAUAAAGAGGUUGUGGAGUACAUGCUGGAUGUCGACUCCCACAUGUGGAGCAUGAGAAGAAGUAAAGCUAACUUCUUCAGAAUUGUUUCUCUCUUCUCAGGUGUAAUUUCCAUGAGCAAAUGGCUUGGAGAAGUUUGCAAAUGGAAGAACCCUAUUACCACUAUUCUAGUUCAUCUUCUCUUUUGCAUAUUGAUCUGCUACCCAGAGUUAAUACUACCAACCAUGUUCCUUUAUAUGUUUCUCAUUGGAAUAUGGAACUACCGUUCCAGACCCAGGCACCCUCCACAUAUGGACACAAAACUAUCUUGGGCUGAAGCAGUUAACUCAGAUGAACUAGAUGAAGAGUUUGACACUUUCCCCACAUCCAAGCCUGAGAAUACAGUUAAAAUGAGGUAUGAUAGACUUCGCAGUGUGGCUGGUAGAAUCCAAACAGUUAUAGGGGACAUGGCAACUCAAGGAGAGAGAUUCCAGGCUCUACUCAGUUGGAGGGAUCCGAGGGCAACUAGCCUCUUCAUAGUCCUCUGUCUUAUUGCAGCAGUUAUACUGUAUGUGACACCUUUCAAGAUCAUAGCACUUGUAGCAGCUCUGGUUUACCUAAGGCACCCGAAAUUCAGGAGCAAAAUGCCUUCACCACCAUGCAAUUUCUUCCGGAGAUUGCCAGCUCGAGCUGAUAGCAUGCUCUGAAACAAAAUUUGCAAUGUUUUUAGCUGAUGUAUUCUCCAUUGUUCUACUUCAAUAAUUUGUAUGAUUAUGCUAUCUUAUAUGUUUUUCAUCAAACCUUCAUGAAAAACUCUUUGCAAAAAUUAGAUGUAAAAGAAUAGUUGAAGAAACAAAGUAUGUGACAGAUCACCUUAACAAUAAUAAAGUCUUUGUUAAAGUUGAA